AUGGACGACGAUACAGCGUUGGUUUUGGGCGUGCAACUAUUGGCCCUGUGUUGCAUAGCGUGCUCUCUGGUGCUAUACUUGUUGCGGAAAAUGAGCAGGAAAACUGUGGACGCGGUUCCGGCGCUAAGAUCAGUGCUGGUCACAUCGUGUGAGACGUCCGCUGGACUGCAGCUUUGCGACCGUCUGGCAGCCGCUGGUUUCCGAGUGUUUGCCGGUCACAAACCGGACAUCCGGUCGGACUCGGCCGAGUCUUCCGAUCGCGCGCAGCCGUCUGGCCCGUCAUCCGGGGCCUGUGCCCUGCUCCGGUCGCGCGUCAAGCAGCGUGAAUCGGCCACGGCGGACGUGGAACGGGCAUUCGGAGGUAUCGUGUUCGUGUCGUUGGACGUGACCCGCGAGGAUUCUCUGCACGAAGCAGUGGUCACCAUCAAAAGGCAUCUGCCCGCCGGCGAAGACGGUUUAUGGGCUGUCAUAAAUACCGCAGACGUAUGCUUGAAGGGAAGAAUCGAAGUGCAAGAGAGCGCUCAAUGGGAGACGUUAUUUAAGACUAAUGUUUUUGGAACACUCAAGGCAGCCAGAACAUUUUAUCCUUUACUAGUGAGCCAAAAAGGUCGUUUUAUUAACUUCGGCACAUCCAACGGACAUCCUCGCCGGCAAGGGAUGACUGCUUUCGACUCAGCGCGUCAUGCCGUGGUCGGUGCUAGCACCUCGUUAAGAGAAGACCUUAAGGAUUUGGGCGUACACAUAAUCAUCAUAAACACAAAUCACAUUCUGCCGGAGCACAUGUUCGAACCGGUGCGAACUUCUGGCAGGGCAAACGAACAAACGCUCAAUGACAUUUUUCUGAAAACUUCUCUACCCGAGUAUGCCAUUCACACACUAUUGGACGCACUGCUCGAGUCUAAUCCCAAGCCCGUGUACGCUUUUGAAAAACCAUCGAUGUUCAAUUGCAAUAGCUUUUCAAAACAAAUUCUGAAGUCCGAACGUUACGUUGGAUAUGAAAAUAUUUAG